AAGAAAUACAAGAUAAUUUUCUCCCAAUUAAUUCUUUCAUGGUAUCAGAGCCACAAACCUAGAAAUUUCCGCGACCACUGUUCACGAUCGCCCGGCAUCGCGUUCAUCUAUCGUUGCUCAGUUUCUUCGCUAUUGAUGUCGAAGAACGGAACGGUCGAUCGUUGUUGUAGAAUGGUCGAACACAUCGAGCAUCCCGUCGACAGUAUGUCCUGGUGUUGUUGCUUCGUUUUUCCCUUCGAUGAAUACUCACCUGAUAUGACUGAGGAAUCAGCCAUGGAGAUUAUUUCCAACAAGAAAAAUGAGGAAGAAGAGAAAAAGGGAUUUUCACUGUUGCCCAAUUUCGAGGAUCUGACUCUAAAGCAGUGGAACGCUGUUCGAAACGCCCUUGCACUGUCCCCUAUAGACACCAAUCAGAAACUUACAGGUGAAACCUCAGAUGAGGAUGAAUCGAGUAGUUCCCCCUCGAUCGAUUACUUUGAAGACGAUGAAGAGACACUCGCGGAAGAGCAGCUGGACCGUUUCGUAAGGAACGGACGACCGAAGAAAAGCAGAGAAGCAGACAGGCUACAGACGGUCGACCUGGUGGACCGUCCUGAUAUCCACGAUCGACCGUCCGAGAGGCAGAAUGACGGUCUUGUGGGAGAUGAUCAAACGGUCGACCGUGAUGUGGAAGACGGUCGACUGUCUCCGAGGCAGAAAGUCAGUGAUCCGGAACAGCUUCAGACGGUCGACCCCGUGGACCGUUCCACGGACGGCGAUCGACCGUCCUCUUUCCAGCAGGCGGUGGAGAACUUAGGACGUGAUCGGCGUGAGAAACGUCCAAAUGUGCGCCUUGCCGAUUAUGUUACCCAUGUAGCUGGUUCAUAGGUUGGUGAAAAAUGCAAAUAUCCUCUCUCCUCGUAUGUCACUCACAAGAAGUUCUCUGACAGACACAAGUGUUUUC